UUUAGUUCAGUGUAUGUUUUUCGGUGAAGAGGUUUGCAUCGGAACUACGUAUAUUUCGUAAUGCGAGUUAUAAACACUUUAGAGUAGCAUUUUCUUGUUGUUGGUACACUAUAUAAAUACAAUAUAUAGUCGAUGUUUAUAUGUUUUUGUUAUACUUUGGUGGUAAUACACGAUUUACCAACUAAAUAAACAUUAAUUGAGCAAUAACGCCAGAAGAAAUUAUACAACUAAAUUUGAAUUAAAAGAGCAAGUUUAAAAUUCUACAAACAAACUGGAAAAAAAAAACAACAAAAUCGUGUACUUUAUUUAUAACGAACAGUAUAAAAAGUGCAACUUGCUUCGGUCACUCAACUGAAGUUUCAUUUUGUGCGGUGCUUUGUGGUUGAUUAACAAAAAAUAAUGUUUAUCUUCUUAUGAUUAACAACGGAUAUUACACGGAUAUCAAUUCAUGUUUCAGUUGGUUUUUUUGAGUUAUACUUUUUUUUGUUAAUAGAAAAAAAGCAAACGAAACUCUAUACUGAAAAAAAAAGGUUUACCGAACAUUAUUCACAUUAAAGCUUGAGAUGGAAAUACAUUUUUAAUUAUUGGAUCGAAUAUGAAUAUCAUUAACAUCUUUAAUUAGUUCAUUAAAAAAAAUGUACCGAAAUGGAUAAGAACAAGAGUUAAAAUCUGAAAAACGACUACUCAUUAAUCAUAAUAUAAAUAUCAACUCAAACCAUCCACACACCAACGAGCCAUUUUAAACUAUAUAUUUUCAAAGGAUUUUCGCCAUUCAACCAUCCAUAAAUAUUAACCACAAAAUGUGAACACUAACCUUCACUUUUCAAGAGAUUAAAGAGACUUAUGCCCGAUUACUGUGCGCCCGUACAAUUUAUCUCGAAACAGGUGAAAUGCAGACGGUUUUAUUUCUGUGCGGUGUGUGAAAAUAAAAACGUAAUUUAUAUUAAAUCCUAGUGAGAGGCAUUUAUUUAUUCUUUCAAUUUUUGUAACGUAUGUACACUACACACACACAGUAUAUACUUUUAUAUGUUUGUGAAUGAGAUAACACACAACUUAAAUACAAUACAAUCGGAAAAAAGGACGACGAAAGGACAGAAAAUCACUUAGAAGAAUGUGUUAAUUUAAUGAAGAGAUUAUUUUGUAUUAGAGAAUAUAAAAGAGCUCAACAGAAAUUUCUCCUUUUAAAUUGUAUGGAUUAAAUGAAAGUGAUAAUAGUGACGGGAUAGUUGGAAAUGUGUACGGUACACAGAAUUCUUGAAAUUAAUGAUUUAUCGUAAGGACGAUGUUUUCAGAUGUUUCAAAUUUGGUGGCCAACAACGAUCUCGAAUCAGUUGAUACGAAUUCAGAAUUCUUUUGGAUGAAUUUUGAAGACGAGUUAUUUGGAUCGCCUCUCGCAUUUGAUGCCAGUGAAACGGGUCUGUGGAAUGGCAAAUUUGUACCACCACCUCCGCGACCGGAUUUUUUGGAAGACACCGUUGUGUCCGACGGUCUAACAACAUGUGACCUUUGUUCAUGGGCUGUGCCGGACAAAAAUGCAUUCCUAUUGGAUGGAUCGAUUGAAGCUGCAAGUGAACUGGGAUGGGCGUUCACAAUUGCUAUUGUUGCUGUAAUAUCGGCUUUGCUCGGAGCAAUAAUAAUGAUAACUUUGGUGCGGUGCAAGAGGUUGAAAGCCUCGACCGGAGCCCCACUAAUACCCUGGUGGUGUCGUCGAACGGAUUUAAACACUUCACCGGAUACACAGAAUCAAGAACCGAAACAGAGGCCAGCUGAAGAGUUACCAGUUACUGCCCACGCAAAUCCGCAAGUGUGGAUCUGGUUGAAAAAUGUGAAUACACCAGCAUCGACAGAACCAAUACCAUUUCCUCCAUCCGUAUCGAUAGAAAAUUACUACACCAACACCGAUGAUAACAUUAGCAGCCCGUCGAAAGUGAGCGAAGUUUUAUAUGAAGAAAUUUCCGGAAUCGGUUGAUUUAGAAUUAAAAUGAUUUCGGAUAAACGAUUGAGUGAUUUGACUCUUUAGCGAUAGGAAUUGUAUAUUAAUUUAUUCAAUGUAAAAUCUCCACUUUGAUUAUAUUAUAUAAAUAAAUAGCAACUUAAAAUGACAUAUAAUUAUUGAUAAUUAUGAAACAUUAAAAGAUUAUGCAACGUGCAAUCAUUCCAUCGGACUCAAUGGGAAAUAGUACUAAAAGAAAAUACUAAUUUGGUAGUAAUGAACCUGUUUUUUUGAUACUUUCUGUGAUAUUUUGAACUGAUGUAAAUAUAUAAUUGCUUAGAUUAUUAUAAAGAAAAUACUUAUCAUUAACUACACACUAACUAGACAUAUUAUGGAUAAUAAUAAAUUGUUUAAUGAAUAGUAAA